UCGCAGACAGCAACACAUAUUACCAGGUUGGUCAAGGAUACGCAUCAAGCAAGUAGUUCACGGUAGCGGUUGUUGGUUAGCACGUGUAGUUUGCUAGCAGCUAGGCUGGCUUUAGACACUGCAAACACAUCAGUGGCUAUGGCUUUUGGAAUUUGCUUUGGUGUGACCUUGCUCCUGUCUGUGUGGGCAACUGCCAAAUGUGGUGAUAUUCCCAAUGAAGCUCUUCUUAUGGAGUGUCGUGAUCGCUUUUUCAUGAUAGCUGUGGAUCUCUCCUUCGCUGGGAAUAAUCCUCACUUUGAAGCCGUUGAUGCGACAGGUGUGUAUGCCAUCACUAAGCGGUAUGCAGCACUGUGUGGCUACAUUGUCCGUGUUCUCCCUCUACCGGGCAUUGUGGAGCUCAGAGCCUCUUACUUUGCUUGUCACACUGACAACAAGGACGAUGACAUGUUCACAUUCAACUUCAACCUGAUUAUGAUGCAGGAAGGAAAGAAAAGCACUCAUGCUUUGAAAAAGACCUGUUCUCUCUCUCUUCCCUGGUCUCCCAGAGAGGUUACCUGUGAGGUCAACUACAUGGAAGUGUCUGUGAGGAGUGUGGUCCCCUGUCCCUCUGGGACAAAGGAAACUGACUGGAAUUCUCUAAAACAGGUUUAUACUUCAGCCACUUCGGAUUGGCAGGUGAUGUUGCGCAAAGAUCAUGGUCCGACGACGCCAAUGAUGACGCCAUUGAACCUUUCUGAAGCUCAUGAGCAGGGAUAUGCGUUUCACAUGACCGAUGGAAGGCUGGUGUUUCGUGCUCCAUAUAAACAACCUCACUCGUACAGCACUAAGGGGAACAGUGUUCCGGUAGAGGUGGUCCAUGCAAUUCUGUUCUCCAGACACGGCUGGGUUGUCCUCAUGGUCGACCUGGUGGCUGCUUGCUCCAUACACAAAGGCUCGUAUGAUGAUGGUGGCUAUAUGGUGUGGGAGACUCCUGAGGCGCUGUACCCGACUAUUGAAGACCAACGACUCAACAUUGCUCUUCAUGGGGAACUUGUGGAUCAGCAAGUUGCAGAGGACCAAGGCUACAUCGUGGAGAAUCUCAACGCCACAAUCCAGAUCAGCAUCCCUCUUGAUGCUGAAGGAGGAUACAGAAAGAGCCGUGCGUCUGGUGGCCUCUACGAGUUCUACAUCUUUGAUCUUUACUUGGAGCAAGUGUUCGUGAAUGAAGAUCAUAUGGACACCAGACUUCGCGUUCACAGGACACUGACUACUCCCCUGCUGUCACGCCCUGUUUCAAGUGAAAACAGAACGGUACCUGAGGAGCGCAUGUUCACGGUCUACCUCAGCGACAUCCCCGAAGACGUAGAGUUGGCUGCUGUCAAUUUGAAUGGAAAAGAAUUUACAGUUCCGUUUACUAGUGCAAGGGGUCCCACCAUCACACAAAUUGUUCUUCCCAACAACACUCAUGGCUACACUCUGAAGGUGUCUUUUGAUGACCCUGUUGUCAUGCAGCAGUUCUCCAAAGAGGCUGCACAGCACAGUCUGAACAUCAACUUCACACUGAUGGUUUGGCCUGAAAACGUGCCUUUUUACCACCUGGUAUCAGUCAUGGCAUUCACUGAUGCCUCUCCUCCAGCUUUUGAUGCCGUCUGUUCCGAGUCGGGCAUCAGCUUCAAACUAAACCACCGACCUUUUGACUACCUGUGGGAGAUCAGUAUCGGCUCAAACCUGCUUACAUCAGAACUGGCAGCCCAGCACGGCUACAUCCUGACCAACAAUAGCAAGCAUCUGCUGCUGGAGGUGCCGCUCUUCUCUCUGGGCUACGAGUACAAGGACGUUACUUUGAAGGGCUUCUUUGGCACUUUUGAGAUCUUCGUACGGGAGCAUGAAACAGUCGAAAGCAAGAACUCCACUGUCAAGACGUGUCCGUUCUCUACUACUGAACUCAUUAUAUGUUCGACUGAUGGGAUAAUGACUGUGGUGGCUGACUUGUCUCUGGCCAGCCCAAGUGGAGGAGCUCCUACUGGAACAAACCUGGUAGACAAAAACUGUCAACCCAGUGAUGCAGAUAGCACCAGGGCGCUCUUCUCUUUUCCACUAUACCGCUGUGGAUCCAGAAUCAAGCUCGUCAAGGAUCAUGUGACUUAUGAGAAUGAGAUCUUCUUCAGCAAGAAGUUGAAUGCCAGCAAUGAUAUUGACAGGGUGACUGUGCAAUGUACAUAUCCUCUGGCUGGGCUGUUGAGCCUCUUCUCAGUAUACAAGUUUAAGUCUGACAAAGCUGGUGUUGGCCGCAUUGUGCACUCCACUCAAGUUCUACAGAGUACCGGCAUCAAGCCCGCUACAGUGGUCUCUACCAGGCGCACCCAAAGACCUGGGUCAAGGCUAGCUGCUCGCCAUCCUCCUGCUCGCUACAUCAAAGUAUCCAGCUUUCAAAAGCCUCUUCCUAACAAAGGAGUUGGACAACACAUAAAAGUGACUCCAUAUGUAUUGUAAUUACAUGGCUUUUUUAUAUAUAAAUAAACUUGAUGUGCUGUCUUAAA